ACAAAGUAAAAAAAAAUUGUGCCAGAGAGAGAACAACACCUUAAAAUGCUUUGAGUUAUUUUUAUCGACGACUGUAUAGAUAUGUACUGUAUCUACAUAAGAAUAUUUAUAUUCUCUUAACGUUGCAAAUAAUCUAUCGCUGUUGUUUUUCAAGUGCGCAUUUCAUUUAUGCAGUUGUUUUAAAUUACUCAGUUACAGAGUUCACUUAAACUUUAUUAUUUUUGUCAUUUUUUUAACAACAGUGUCAAGUUAGAACCAUGUUUGUGAUUAUGGAUUGUCUGCUACAGUAGCGAAAAGUGAAAAAAAAAAAAAUAUUUUCUUGAUUUGCUUGUGCGUAAAAUUUACCAGCUAAAACUUUGUUUUCUUUUAUUGUACAAAGAAACUAAAAAAUAAAUUCUCGUUUGUUUAUCGAGUGAAUAUAAACUAUCUCACUCUUAGCGUCUAGUUUGUCUAUAUAUAUAUCUAUAUAUAUAUAUAGAUAUAUAUAUGUAUAUAUGUGUAUACAUAUAUAUACUGAUUACAAACGUCAGUGACAAGUAGAUUAGGAAAAAAGUUGUGAAAUUUAAAAUUUAAAAAAUAAUUUACGUGUUUUUGUUUUCUGAUAAUUUUUGUGGGCAGCCAUUUUUGUUUAAGUAAAAAAAUAUAAAGGAUUUUAUUUAACUGAAUACUUAAUUAACAGGAAAAAAAUAAUAAGUAAUUUUGUAAUGUACCGCAAGUGUAGCACUGAAGAAUACGCUGUUACAUCAACAAUUAAAUUCGUCCACUCGAAGAGAAAAGGAAUUUUUAUAAAUAUUAAAAAAAUGUUGAAAAACAAGAUAAGUCGCCGUGAUCAAUUAAAUUUCUUAAUACUUCGUUGGAAUUGAACUACUUAUUUGACAUAAUAAAUUUAAAUAAAUUCAUUAAGUUGAAAAAGUUUUGUCUGAGAGCUGACAACUCUUGUGAAGAAGACAAAUACUUAUAAUAUGGUGAAAUCUUAUUGUUGAGAUCUUAUUUUAAGAGAUAUUUACGAUUUUCAUCAAUUUACUGCUGAAAGUAAUUUUUUUUAUAUUUUUUUUGACCAAUUAAUUUAACAAUAACAACAUGAAGCUGCUUGAAAGUACUAGAUUUGAAGCAAUAAACAGUGCGCUCUGUAUUAAAACUGGCGACUGUAAAAUAAUCGGAAGAAUUGAAAGUUACUCAUGUAAAAUGGCUGGAAAUGAUAAACAAUUGUACAAACGAUUCAAUUCUGAGCAAGGAGUUACACCACAUGACCUUCAAGCUUUAUCUCCACCACAAACAUCUCUUGGCACAUCACCAGCUCAAUCUUACUACAGUAAAAGUAUUUCUGGAGAUGAAGAGGGACCAUUAUGUGACACAAUAAGCCGAAAAACUUUAUUUUAUUUAAUUGCAACUCUAAAUUCAGCUUUUUAUCCUGAUUAUGAUUUUUCUGAUGCAAAAAGUCACGAAUUCAGUAAGGAGCCCAGUUUGCAGUGGGUUAUGAAUGCAGUUGACAGUAAUCUUAGUGCUACUGCUGGUGAUCAUUAUCGCACUCUGAGAUCUGCACUGUGGGCUGCAGUAGAAGAUGAAAUAUCAAUGAGCGAAUGUGAUAUUUAUAGCUAUAACCCAGACUUGGCGUCGGACCCUUUCGGUGAAGAUGGUUGUCUAUGGUCAUUCAAUUACUUCUUUUACAAUAAAAAAUUGAAACGCAUUGUUUUCUUCACUUGCAGAGCAAUAAAUCCUUUGUACGCCUUAGAUUCUGGAGUCGGUAGUGAUUUCGCUAUGGAUGAAGACGAUGAUGACAAUGAUAAUGAUAAUUAUUAGGCGAUACAUCUGUUGCAACUUAACAAAUAUUGUUAAGUUAAUGAUUUAAUUUUUUCAUUUAUUUAUUUAACGAUAGCUUAAGAUGACAGGUAGUUUUUUGAGAACACCUCUUAUUUGAAAUUAGACAUAAACUUUGUUCACGCGCUAUUUGACACAUAGUACGGCAUUCAAUUCUAUGAUUAAACAUUUAGGGUCAGUUUUUAAAUCUGUCUUAUGUAAAUCCGUGAUUCAGAUAUAAUCAAGUGUAUCUAUAUAUUUAAUAUAUAUACAUAUAUAUUAUAGUAGAAGCACCAAUAAAUGCAUUCGGAUUAAACUAAAGAUGAGUACAAAAACUGGCUCGUAAUUUUAUCUGAUAUUUAAAGUUAUCUAUUGUGAUUAAUUUUUUUCGUAAACCCACCAUAGAUUAUUCUAUAACAAUUGUAGUAAUUACAAACAUAUCACAGUGUUGUAUUAAUUGAUAAUUUUUUUUGGGAAAUGGGAUCUCGUAUGUUCUUUGAUUAAAACUUUAGCUCCUUAGAAUACAAACUAUGAGUUAUUGAAACAAUACAUAUAUAUUUUAAAUGGUUUAAUCAUUUUUUCUAUUUCAUGUAUGGAAGUAUAAUCCAAUAAUUAUAAACACUAAAAAAUACGUAGUAGUAUUUACACAUUGUGCAGUUUACCUGCGGUUUUAAGUAUAAUACAAAAGAUGCAUAUAUUUACUAUGUACUUGCAAAGACGAUCGCUUAUUGAAUUUAAGAUUUGAUAUGAAUAUCCGAUUGAAUUGUAAAUGAGUGAAUACAGAAAGUUUGAUGAAAUUGUUUAGAUUUAAUAUUAUUGCUGUGUUAUAUCCUAUUGUUCUAUAUUUUGCCUCAAAAUUAUUUCUAUUUCAAUUUUUAAAUUUUGAGUGAAUCAAUAAAUAGUUUAUCACAAAGAGCACAAAA